AUGACUCGAUUGAACUAUAUGUUUACUGUCGGUAUCCUCUUAAUACUCUGCACUAUUAGUUAUCUGGAUGGAUUUUCUUUGAGUCGUUUACUUUCAUCGGAAGCUAAUAACAGAGUCAAACGAGCUGAUGAUGAUUCAAUUUCUCGACGUAUUCAAACAGUGGGAAACCUAGUUUUCGACACCACUGUUGUACAAGCAGCUACAAUUCGUCGACAAAUUGCUUGUUUCUUUGUAUUUGAUAAAGAAGCAGCAGCUGAUCUCAAUAACAAUUUAGACCAUGCGAAUAGAUAUGCUACUCAAUUAGCUAAACUUGCAUCAAAAUAUACUGCACAUGCUAAUAUAAUAGUGACGAAUGCAGGUACAGAAAUAUGGUCAAAUGGUGAUAAAAUAUCAUUUCCUGUUGGAAGUAAUUCGUAUUCAGCUAUGCCAAAUAUUUUAACACAAUUUCAAACAUAUUUGGCUAAUACACAAAAAUCACUUUUUGGAACCGUUUAUGCUGUUGGAGUACUCAUUUCAAAUAAAACUUCAUUAGUUGCAGGAGGUUAUACUCAAGGACCACCAUGUACUACUUCAGGUAAUUUUUUCUUUUCUGACAAGAAAAUAUUAUUCUAUUUUUUCUUAGGUGCUUCACUUAUUAAUUAUCGACCAUAUCCAUGGUCGAUUGCUGGUUUACUUGCACAUGAAUUAGCACAUACACUUUCUGUUGUUCAUCCAUUUGAAUUAUCAUAUCUAUGUGAUGAAUAUAAAACCAAAUUAAAAUUUUGUACAGCAAUACCUGAAGAAUGUAUGUGCGCGUCAAAUAAUUAUCCUUCACAGCAAUGUCUUAUGACGUAUCAAUUUGGUCGAGCUACACCACACGCUCCAAAAUAUACAUCGUGCGAUAUUGAAAUGAUGAAUUAUUUCACAUCGGAUAUCUCUUGUCUUACUCAAGUAAAAGAAGAGAUAGCAUAA